UAAAACUGUUUCGAAAACAGAUGGAGAACCAAGCUCCAUCUCAAGUGUGAAAGAUCACCAGCCUAAAUAUUCCAUCACUGUGUCUCACAACAGUGAGUUAAAUAUCAGUGAAGGAGACCUGAUCCCCUCCCCCACAACACAAUACCUUGCACAAAAAUACCUUGGCAACGGCGCGUAUGGAAUGGUCAUCCAAUGCAGGAAUGUGACCACCGGAGAGACGGUGGCUCUAAAAAUCAUCGAAAGCCUCUGGGACAUUGACUAUGCACAAGUAGAGGAGGUCAUCCUUCAAAACAUGAAGAAGCUGAACUCAGACAGGUUCAACAUCGUCAGAUUGUACGAGUCCUUCUUCUACAAGGAACACUACUGUCUUGUGUUUGAGCUCCUGGAUAUGGAUCUGCAGAAAUUCAAACGGAUCAGCCCGGGUCAACACCUUCAGCUGAAGCAGAUUCGCCCCAUUCUGCAGCAGCUAGCUACAGCCUUGGACUUUUUGAACAGCACAGGGAUCAUUCAUGCAGAUUUGAAGCCAGAUAACAUCAUGCUGGUGGAUCAUGUCAGGCAGCCACUGAAAGUUAAAGUUAUUGACUUUGGCAUAUCCUUCGAUGAUCCUGAGGAAAUGCUCGGUCAAAACGUCCAGACCUUGUGGUACAGGUAA